CGAGGAGCUUACACUCCAAGAGGUAUUUAUGACUGGGUAGGGGAGACCCAGAAGUAGUUAACACACAAAAUGAACAAGAAUGGCAAGCUACUUAGCAUUUAUUGAUUGAAUAGUACGGAUCCCUUAAGUAUCCAGUGACUUUAAAUCACUUAUCUAACCCUGCACGAGUUUAACAAUCUCUCGUAACAAUGAUUAGAUGAUUACAGGAGCCCGUGAUUCAUUCACAGCGGCAGACGAACGCCUAGAAAGGGUUAUUUGAUCUGAUCCCUCAAGUUCCGGAGGCGGCAGGUCAGACGAUCGGCCUCAUGGCAGCCAGGGAAAGCUAAGCGUUUUGGCCAAGGUUACACAACUUGAAACACCGGGACGCCGCCGGGAAGCGGCCGGGCUUCGUCCCUGUGGUGCAAGCCAGGCCACUGCGUGGAGGCCCAGCCUGCUCCGCGCCCGCCCCAGUGCUCGCCAGGCCGGUCGCGCCGCGGCUGCCGGGAGCCAAGUGGCAGCCGGCGCGCGGGAGGCGAUUGCGUGGCCCUCCCUCGGUUCGGCUGCGGUUGCGGCCCCGCGUAGCAAGGCACUUCCGGCGCGUGCCGGGGUGGCCGGAUGACGUGGCUGAGUCAGAGGAAGAGGCUGAGGAGGCGCGGGGGGCGGGGGAGGCUCAGGAGCGGGCGGUGACGGCGACGGCGGUGGCGGCGGAGGAGGCAGCGGCUGGGCUUGGGCCCCGUGCGUCUGUCCGCGCCCCGUGGAUGCGAAUCGGCCGCGGCGGAGGCGGCGGCGGAGGAGGAGUCGGUGGGCCGGCGCCGGGCCGGUGGGGGCGCGGAGGAUGAGGCCGCUGCCUGGCGCUCCUGGCGUGGCGGCGGCCGCCGCGCUGUUGCUGCUGCUGCUGCCCCGGGCCCGGGCGGACGAGCACGAACACACGUAUCAAGAUAAAGAGGAAGUUGUCUUAUGGAUGAAUACUGUUGGGCCGUACCAUAAUCGUCAAGAAACAUAUAAGUACUUUUCACUUCCAUUCUGUGUGGGGUCAAAAAAAAGUAUCAGUCAUUACCAUGAAACUCUGGGAGAAGCACUUCAAGGGGUUGAAUUGGAAUUUAGUGGUCUGGAUAUUAAAUUUAAAGAUGAUGUGAUGCCAGCCACUUACUGUGAAAUUGAUUUAGAUAAAGAAAAGAGAGAUGCAUUUGUAUAUGCCAUAAAAAAUCACUACUGGUACCAGAUGUACAUAGAUGAUUUACCAAUAUGGGGAAUUGUUGGUGAGGCUGAUGAAAAUGGAGAAGAUUACUAUCUUUGGACCUACAAAAAACUUGAAAUAGGUUUUAAUGGAAAUCGAAUUGUUGAUGUUAAUCUAACUAGUGAAGGAAAGGUGAAACUGGUUCCAAAUACUAAAAUUCAGAUGUCAUAUUCAGUAAAAUGGAAAAAGUCUGAUGUAAAAUUUGAAGAUCGAUUUGACAAAUAUCUUGAUCCGUCCUUUUUUCAACAUCGGAUUCAUUGGUUUUCAAUUUUCAAUUCCUUCAUGAUGGUGAUCUUCUUGGUGGGCUUAGUUUCAAUGAUUUUAAUGAGAACAUUAAGAAAAGAUUAUGCUCGGUACAGUAAAGAGGAAGAAAUGGAUGAUAUGGAUAGAGACCUAGGAGAUGAAUAUGGAUGGAAACAGGUGCACGGAGAUGUAUUUAGACCAUCAAGUCAUCCACUGAUAUUUUCCUCUCUCAUUGGUUCUGGAUGUCAGAUAUUUGCUGUGUCUCUCAUCGUUAUUAUUGUUGCAAUGAUAGAAGAUUUAUAUACUGAGAGGGGAUCAAUGCUCAGUACAGCCAUAUUUGUCUAUGCUGCUACGUCUCCAGUGAAUGGUUAUUUUGGAGGAAGUCUGUAUGCUAGACAAGGAGGAAGGAGAUGGAUAAAGCAGAUGUUUAUUGGGGCUUUCCUUAUCCCAGCUAUGGUUUGUGGCACUGCCUUCUUCAUCAAUUUCAUAGCCAUUUAUUACCAUGCUUCAAGAGCCAUUCCUUUUGGAACAAUGGUGGCCGUUUGUUGCAUCUGUUUUUUUGUUAUUCUUCCUCUAAAUCUUGUUGGUACAAUACUUGGCCGAAAUCUGUCAGGUCAGCCCAACUUUCCUUGUCGUGUCAAUGCUGUGCCUCGUCCUAUACCGGAGAAAAAAUGGUUCAUGGAGCCUGCAGUUAUUGUUUGCCUGGGUGGAAUUUUACCUUUUGGUUCAAUCUUUAUUGAAAUGUAUUUCAUCUUCACAUCUUUCUGGGCAUAUAAGAUCUAUUAUGUCUAUGGCUUCAUGAUGCUGGUGCUGGUUAUCCUGUGCAUUGUGACUGUCUGUGUGACUAUUGUGUGCACAUAUUUUCUACUAAAUGCAGAAGAUUACAGGUGGCAAUGGACAAGUUUUCUCUCUGCUGCAUCAACUGCAAUCUAUGUUUACAUGUAUUCCUUUUACUACUAUUUUUUCAAAACAAAGAUGUAUGGCUUAUUUCAAACAUCAUUUUACUUUGGAUAUAUGGCAGUAUUUAGCACAGCCUUGGGGAUAAUGUGUGGAGCAAUUGGUUACAUGGGAACAAGUGCCUUUGUCCGAAAAAUCUAUACUAAUGUGAAAAUUGACUAGAGACCCAAGAAAACCUGGAACUUCGGAUCAAUUUUCUUUUCAUAGGGUGGAACUUGCACAGCAAAAACAAAACAGAAAAAUGCAAGAAGAGAUUUGGGCUUUAACACACUGGGUACUUUGUGGGUCUCUCUCUCGUCGAUGGUUUAAAGUAACAUCUAUUUCCAUUGAUCCUAGGUUCUUACUGACUGCUUUCACCAACUGUUCACAGCAAAUGCUUGGAUUUUAUGCAGUAGGCAUUACUACAGUACAUGGCUAAUCUUCCCAAAAACUAGCUAUUAAAGAUGAAAUAGACCAGCUCUCUUCAGUGAAGAGGACAAAUAGUUUAUUUAAGGCAUUUGUUCCAAUAAAAUAAAUAGAGGGAAACUUGGAUGCUAAAAUUACAUGAAUAGAAAUCUUCCUGGCACUUAGUGUUUCUAUGUUAUUGAAAAAUGAUGUUCCAGAAAGAUUACUUUUUUCUUAUUUUUACUGCCAUCGUCGACCUAUUGUGGGACAUUUUUAUAUAUUGAAUCUGGGUUCUUUUUUGACUUUUUUCCCCCCUAAUCCAACUGCAUCCUUUUUUAAAAAAAGAGAAUUAGAAAAUGUUAAAUCCUGCAUGUAAUAUAUCUGCUGUCAUCUUAGUUGGACCAACUUCCCAUUUAUUUAUCUUAAAACUAUCCCAUUGCAUCUUAAUUCCAUCCAAAGAAGGUACAGUUUGAAGAUAGAGGUGUGUUCUCUACAAUGCAAUUUACUGUACAGUUAGAAAGCAAAGUGUUAAAUGGAAAAGAUACUUGUUUUUAUUAAACAUUUUGAGAUUUAGAUAAACUACAUUUUAACUGAAUGUCUGAAGUGAUUAUCUUUAUUCCUCCCAAGUUAGUCUUACAUCUUUUUUGGGUUUGAAUGAAGGUUUUACAUAAGAAAUUAUUAAAAACAAGGGGGGGUGGGUAAUAAGUGUAUAUAACAUUAAAUAAUGUAACGUAGGUAUAGAUUCCCAAAUGCAUUUGGAUGUACAGAUUGACUACAGAGUACUUUUUUCUUAAGAUGAUUGGUGUAGAAAUGUGUGAAUUUGGGUGGCUUUUUACAUCUUGCCUACCUACCAUUGCAUGAGACAUUGGGGUUUCUUCAAAAUGUGUGUGUCAUACUUUUGGGAGGGGGGUUGUUUUCUUCUCUUUAUUUCCUGAGACUCCUACAGGAGCUAAAUUUGUAAUUUAGAGACAUUUAAUUUUGUUAAUCCUGUCUGGGACACUUAAGUAACAUCUAAAGCAUUAUUGCUUUAGAAUGUUAAAAUAAAAUUUCCUGACCAAAUUGUUUUGUGGAAAUAGAUGUGUUUGCAAUUUAAAGAUCUCUGUCUGUUCAAAAGGCAAAAUUACUGAAUGCCAUUUAAAAAAAUAUACUAUGGACUAUGCUACUCUCAUACGGGGGACCCACACUUUAAAAUCUCCAGACUUGCUUACAUCUAGAUUAUCCAGCACAAUCAUAAAGUGAAUGACAAACCCUUUGAAUGAAAUUGUGGCACAAAAUCUGUUCAGGUUGUUGUACCAUGUAAAGUGGGGAUGGGGUAAAAGUGGUUAACUUACUAUUGGAUCAACAAAUAAAGGUUACAGUUUUGUAAGAGAAGUGAUUUUAAUUUUGAAUACAUUUUUCUGGAACUAUUCAUAAUGUGAAGUUUUCCUAGAACCACUGAGUUUCUAGUUUAAUAGUUUGCUAUGCAAAUGACCACCUAAAACAAUACUGUAUAUUGGUAUUUUUAGAAAGAUUCAAAACAUCUGUAUUUAAACCUUAAUAUGAAAAUCAUGCGGUUAAUAGUUACACAAGAUGUUUUCAUUACAAAAUAUGUAAUCCUAUAUUGUAGCAUGUAAGUUCUAUAAAAGGUGAAAAGUAUGAUUUCUUACCACUUAAGUAUGAUUAUGAUAUGAUCAAACAGAUUGGAUCAGAAGCUGUAGAUAAAUCCUCUUCUUAAGCCAAAAUGGUAUAUUAAAUGUAAUUUAUUGGUUCUUCCAUUUUCUCAUCCUUCUUUAAGAUGUUAGAAAAAAGAAACUACAAGUUAAUAUUUAGUUGCUUAUAUAACAUUUUAACUAUAUAUAAAGUACUUUUUUGGUUUCCUUCUCACCACUUUUGUUCAAAAAGUACUUUUAACAUACCAAUACAUAGUCUGUCUGAUGGGAGUAUAAAUUGGACAGUAAGCUUUUGUCUUAAUAAAAGGAAAUUUGUUUCUCAUGAAUCUUGCAGGGAAGAUGUAGGGUUUACUGAAAAUAUGUGGGUUAAAUGCUUUCAGGUACACCAAUUCUUUCUUCUAAAUUGAGCUCUAUUUGAAGUUCUUUGAAAUCCAUGGUGAAAAAUAAUUUUUAAUUUUCAAAUACAUUAAGAUCAUUACAGUGAAUAUUAAUCACCUUUAAAAGUCUUUUAGAAAAGGACUUUUGUAUUGUUUUUGGCUGCAUAGAGGGGUGAGUGUGUGUGUGUGUGUGUGUGUGUGUGUCUUGAAGAAGAUGUAAUUCACAAAUAGUUUAGCUCCCUAGCUCUCAGUUGUAGAAUAGAAAAUAUAACAUUAUUUAAGUUACUUGAAGGGUGAGGUUUUUAUACCCCACUAAUGCUUUUUAUCUCUCUCAUUUGUUAACAUUAUUUGCUUAAUUUCUUUCAACUGAGACUUGGAAUAAUACUAUCAAAAACUAAGGCUAAACAUUCCCCAUGUAUCUUUAAGCAUGCUUCUCCUGAAAUUUAACUGCAUUAGUAGUUGACAUUUUUAUACAUAAGUCCUAAUACCAGAGUAGGAUGAGGUGGAAAUGUAAUGGCUUGAGGGAUGGUGAAGCAUUCUUUUAGCAUUAUAUAUCUUGUUGGGCUCCUAGAUUGUACUGGGGUUGCCCAUAAAUCAAACCCCAUACUCUUAGAACUCAUUAUAUUGUGAUAUCUGAACCUAAUGAAUGGUAUGCUUGGGUGUUUUCCAUUGCGAGUGGGUGGACCUCUUUAUAAAGUUGGUUGCUGCAAAAUACAGUUCUUCCAAAAGCCACUUUAUUUAGGGUUUAUUCACAAAUAAUAUCCAUUUCGAUAUAGUGUUUGUUUUCUAAUGUUUAUUAAUCACGUUAUACCAAAUGUCUUGCAAAGAAAUGUUAUUAAAACCUUGAAUUUUUACAACUGUGAAAAACAAAAAGUGUAUUAAUGUAUAUUUGUUCAGGAAAAGCUACAUACCGAAGGGCUUUUGUAUAUGAAAUCUGCAGUGGGGAAACCCAUUUGUAAUCUAUAUGGCAGUUCUAUCUGGGUUUUAAGUUUAGAUGUCACCAUGUCUUAGUGCUUCAUUCUAUUGAUUUAUUGGAACAUGUAAUAAAUAGGAGUAGUGAUGUAUUAAAACACAAGUAUUCAUUAAUGUUUUAUAUCUUCACUAAAAUUCUAUAGUUAUUAAGCUGUAUUCCAUCAAUCAAGGUGUUAUAUUUCCGUCAGAGGAGCAAAAACUUUAAGAUUAUUUGGAAGUGUGUACAGAAAUAAAUUAGACUUACAAGUAGGGUAGAUGAGAAAGUUAACAUAUGUAACUGCAGAAAUUUGUAAGACUUAAAUUCAGUGUGAGGAAUAACUCUAGUUCUCUCUUAAGAGCAUUUCCUAAAAGCCAUCUGAUUUGACAUUCUUACUGGAGCUGUAGACAGAAAUCUACAAAGACAAAAAUAAACAAAAUUAAGUUCUUACUACACUGUGAGGAAUGGAAAUAAUUUGUGAAGUCUGCUUAUUUUGAAGAAUUGGUGAACUAGGCUUGGUGAUUGGUAACUGCAGCAUAGUGUGUGUUUACUCCAGUUUAUCAUCUUAGGUCAAUUGAAAGUUUUAAAAGCUUAAGGCAAGGAAGAAAUGACAUGGAAUUCUAUUGGAAGGACAACAACAUUCUUGGAAAAGCAGUUCCAGUUGGCUUUUCAACUGUGUCAAACUUGAAUGUAUAAAUCCCCACAGAGCAUGGACAGUCGGUGCAGAGUUCCAAGGAAACAAUUACUGCCUGAUGAUCACUUCCAUUUUGUAUACACGCUUUGGUUCAUAUAGGCCGUAUUCCAACUGGCUUUUUAGUAAUAGAAGUCCAGUAUAUAAUGUAUCAAAAACAGUUGAGGUUCUAAUCUAGUGUAUUAAUUUAUCUGAAUUUGGAUUUUUUUAAAGUAAUAAAAAGUUAAAUGUA